CGCAGGCGCGGAUGCUCCUGGCCCGGCUACCAGGGUCAGCUGUGCCAUGUCCCUGAUGGUGGAGGUCGGUGAGAAUCAGCCAGGGAGGAUGACGGCAGAUGACAUCAUUGCUGGCACGCGGCAGGUGGUGAAGGGGCUGGAGGCUCUGCGGAGCGAAAACAGGAGCAUCUCACAGCGGCUGCAGGAGGCCCUGAUCCAGGGCCAUGGGCAGGAGGAGCCCUCGGGGAGCCAGGCCCUGCAGCUCCUGGAGGAGAAGUACGAUCUCGUCCGCAAGUCCCUGGAGGGGAUUGAACUGGGGCUUGGCGAGGCAAAGGUACCAGCUGUGCUGUGCCAGCGCCCCAGGAACCAGUCGACCAGCACAGCCAUGGCAGCAGCACAGCAGGGUGGCUACGAGAUCCCGGCGCGGCUGCGAACGCUGCACAACCUGGUGAUCCAAUACGCCUCACAGGGGCGCUACGAGGUGGCCGUGCCACUCUGCAAGCAGGCACUGGAGGACCUGGAGAAGAGCUCUGGGCACAGCCACCCUGACGUGGCCACCAUGCUCAACAUCCUGGCGCUAGUGUACAGGGACCAAAACAAGUACAAGGAGGCCACAGACCUGCUGAACGAUGCCCUGGACAUCCGGGAGCAGGCCCUGGGCGUGGAGCACCCGGCGGUGGCCGCCACCCUGAACAACCUGGCUGUGCUGUAUGGCAAGCGGGGCAAGUACAAGGAAGCGGAGCCGCUGUGCAAGCGGGCGCUGGAGAUCCGCGAGAAGGUCCUGGGCCCCACGCACCCCGACGUGGCCAAGCAGCUCAACAAUCUGGCGCUGCUGUGCCAGAACCAGGGCAAGUUUGAGGAAGUGGAGCGGUACUACGAGCGGGCGCUGCACAUCUACCAGAGCCAGCUGGGCCCCCACGACCCCAAUGUGGCCAAGACCAAGAACAACCUGGCCUCCUCCUACCUGAAGCAGGGCAAGUACCAGCAGGCCGAGGAGCUGUACAAGGAGAUCCUCACCUCACAUGACCAGGAGCGGGCAGCUGCCCACCACGGUGACCCCGCAGCAGGCCAGAGCAGUGCAGACCCCCUGAGCCAGGAUGCCAUGGGCAGUGUGCGCCGGAGCAGCUCCUUCUCCAAGCUGCGGGAGUCCAUCCGGCGUGGCAGCGAGAAGCUCGUCUCCCGGCUGAAAGGAGAAAGCGUCCAGACCAUUGACCCCAACCCUGGGAUGAAACGCGCCAGCUCCCUGAACGUCCUGCAUGUGGGUGAGAGGCCACCGGUGCCAGCGGCUUCCCCAGUGGUGGCCAGCAGGAACCUGAGUGCCAGCAGCAGCUCCCUCUCCAGUGCAGGCUGAGGCACUGGCAUGACCAAGCCAGCUGGAGCCUCAGCUCUGCUUGCUACCGGCCCCCCUGCAGCCUGCCCAUUAAGCCUCCAGGGAGCAGAGUGCACAGAGCAAGCGGCAUUGCUGGCUGUAACCCAGCCAGCCCCCACACUGGAUGCAGUGAACGUGCUCCCCUCAACUAGGAGAGACCAAGCCGGUGCCUGCCCCCUACUGGGCUGCUCUGGCUCCACAGCACAAGCUGCUCCUUCUCAGGAUGCCCAGGGGCUCGGCCUGGCCCUGCUCCAGCUGCCUUAACUCCCCCCCUGAUUGCAGGGGCCAGUGCUGGCUAUUUAUUCUAUUUAUAGGACAUGGUAGGUGAGAGCAGAACAAGCACAAUGUGAAUAAAGGUGUUUGGUGACUGCUGGCUCUGGGUCUGUGUCAGGCCUCAACCCCGGGAGGCGGAAAAGCUCCCCGGCCCCUCUGGGAGGCAGCAGGCUGGCACUGUUACCACGCAGGCCAGAGACCCACUCACCAGAGGUAUAGCGCAGGGUCCUAGCCCCCCAGUUAAAAUCCUGCAGGUUAGGGAAAUACCACUCCCACCCCUC